ACUUAAAUAAAUGGUUAAAAAGAACUGAAGUUUUUUUUGACAGUUACCUCACGAUGCCUGUGGACGGUAACAAAGACCCCGACCUCCCAGCGUUGCCCAGUCCUGUUAGUGUUCUUACUCCAGGAGGUCAGGAGGACAAUGGAGGCAACAGAGCGACCACCGGCCUCUCCAUCCCGGGGACCAGCCGCGAGGAGCCGCCUGCCGCUUGUCCUGAGACUGUGGCAGGUGAGAGCUCCAGGAAACCCCAGACUCUGCUCCAGAUCAACCGUCAGGAGAUCCAGGCCGUGGCCCAGAGCGCCCAAGCGGCGGAGCUCCAGGGACUCGGCGUGGACGUGUACGACCAGGACGUGCUGGAGCAGGGGGUCCUGCAGCAGGUGGACAGGGCCAUUCAAGAGGCCAACAGGGCUGCAGAAAAGGCAGAGGCUGAGAAGGAGUACGAGUCUGUGCUGGAUGAUGUCAGGUCUUGUACAAGUGCAUUAAAACACAUCAAUAAAAUCUUAGAUCAGCUCACUCCCUAUGCCGCUUCCAGCAAAGACAUCAGCCGCAAAAUAGAGUCUGUCAAAAGGCAAAAAGAGAAUAAGGAGAAGCAAUUAAAAAAGAUCCGAGCCAAGCAGAAAAGACUUCAGGCCAUUCUUGGCGGAGAAGACGCUCAGAAGCUUGAGGAAGAGCUUUCAGUAGAGGAUGACGAAGAGCCCGGGCCCUCCACGCUGGGUAGCAUGCUCAUGCCGGCCCAGGAGACCGAGUGGGAACAGCUCAUCCGGACAGGUCACAUGACCCCGUUCGGCACGCGGAUCCCGCAGAAGCAGGAGAAGAAAGAGCCCCGUAAGGUCAUGCUGAGCGAGAACUCGGGCUUCGACAAGUACCUCGCCGACCAGGCCGCGCUGGCGGAGAACAGGAAGAGACCCCCCCUGAAAAAGAAGGUCAAACGGACUCUUUCGGGGAGCGCCUCGGACGAACACGGCAGCAAGACGAACAAGAGAAACGUCGCCCCCACCAGGCAGGAUAAGAAACUGCAGAAGAGAAUGCGCAAGCUCCAGAGGACGGCUCUGAGAGCACACCCCAAAGCCAGGCCCAAAGUGGAGAAGGACUUUACCCAGGCCAGGAGAAAGGGAUUGGGGGUGGGGUCCGACAGCGAGGGCUCGGAGUACGUGCCCAGCGACGAACUCAUGGACCCCGAGGAACCCGAGCGGGACGAUGAGUUCUGGGUGGAUGAGGAUGAGGAGUAUGAGCUGAAACCGUACGAGAGGAAGAAGAAGAAGAACGAGGCCAAAGGCGGGAGGCCGAAGAAAGAGGACCACAGCGAUGAGUAUGUCCCCAGCAGCUCAGAGGAGGAAGAUUCCGGAAGAAAAGGCAAGGUUAAGAAACACAAAGAUGACGGAGAUUUGGAAUACUACAGGCAAAGGAUUAGGAGGUGGAAGAGACAGAGGCUGCGUGAGAGGGAGGAGAAGAGAGAAGCAGGGGAGGAGGACUCCGAGGAGAGCGACGCUGAGUUUGACGAAGGUUUCAAAAUGCCCGGCUUUCUCUGGAAGAAACUCUUUAAAUAUCAGCAGACAGGUGUCAGGUGGAUGUGGGAGCUGCACUGCCAGCAGGCAGGGGGCAUUCUGGGAGAUGAGAUGGGCCUGGGCAAGACCAUUCAGAUAAUUGCCUUCCUGGCAGGAUUGAGCUACAGCAAAGUCAGGACACGUGGUUCUAAUUACAGAUACGCUGGCCUGGGGCCCACCGUCAUUGUGUGCCCGGCCACGGUCAUGCACCAGUGGGUGAAGGAGUUCCAUACCUGGUGGCCUCCGUUCCGUGUGGCUGUUCUCCACGAUACCGGCUCGUUCACCAGCAAAAAGGAGAAGCUGAUCCCCGAGAUCGCGGCGAGCCACGGCGUCCUCAUCACCUCGUACUCGUACGUCCGCAUCAUGCAGGACUACAUCCAGAGGUACGACUGGCAUUACGUCAUCCUGGACGAGGGCCACAAGAUCAGGAACCCCAACGCCGGAGUCACGGCGGCCUGCAAACAGUUCCGGACACCGCAUCGGUUCAUCCUCUCCGGGUCGCCCAUGCAGAAUAACCUGAAGGAGCUCUGGUCCCUCUUUGACUUUGUGUUUCCAGGGAAACUGGGGACCCUGCCCACAUUCAUGGAGCAGUUCUCAGUGCCAAUCACCAUGGGCGGAUAUUCUAAUGCCUCCCCUGUACAGGUCCAGACAGCCUACAAGUGUGCGUGUGUUCUCCGAGACACCAUCAACCCGUAUUUACUGAGGCGAAUGAAGGCAGACGUGAAGGCAAACCUCUCCUUACCCGACAAAAACGAACAGGUCUUGUUUUGCCGAUUAACUGAAGAUCAACGUGAGGUCUAUCAGAAGUUUCUGGAUUCCAAAGAGGUGUAUCAAGUUCUCAACGGAGAAAUGCAGGUGUUCUCUGCUCUCAUAGCCCUGAGAAAGAUCUGUAACCAUCCGGACCUGUUCACCGGUGGGCCUCGUCUGCUCAGAGGCGUCUCGGAAGACCAGCUGAGCGAGGAGGAGCACUUUGGCUACUGGAAGCGCUCUGGGAAACUGAUCGUGGUGGAGUCUCUGCUCAGGCUGUGGUUCAAACAGGGACACAGAGUGCUGCUCUUCACCCAGUCCAGACAGAUGUUAGAGAUCCUGGAGGUGUUUGUGAGGGAAAAAGGAUACUCGUACCUCAAAAUGGAUGGCACCACCACCAUCGCAUCCAGACAGCCUCUGAUUGCACAGUACAACGAGAACAAAGACAUAUUCCUCUUCCUCCUGACCACCAGAGUGGGAGGGCUGGGCGUUAAUUUGACAGGAGCAAACCGGGUCAUUAUUUACGACCCCGACUGGAACCCCAGCACAGACACACAGGCUCGUGAACGUGCUUGGAGGAUUGGGCAGACACAGCAGGUGACUGUCUACAGGCUACUGACCGCUGGCACCAUUGAAGAGAAGAUUUACCACAGACAAAUCUUCAAGCAGUUCCUCACCAAUCGAGUGCUGAAAGAUCCCAAACAGCGCCGUUUUUUCAAGUCCAACGACAUUUACGAGCUUUUCACACUGAGCAGUCCUGAUGGCUCCCAAGGAACAGAAACCAGCGCAAUAUUUGCAGGAACCGGCUCAGAAGUUCAGGUUCCAAAGAGACAGAAGACCCACCGGCCGCCUCACUCCAGACAUCGCCAGAAAGAGAUGUCACCCAAAACAGAGCUACAGUCUCAAAACAUUACAUCUCCUUCGGCGAACUCUAAAACCAUUGGCACGUCCUUUGGCGGGAGUGGGUCAAAGGACAGUAAUAUGGGCACGCUUCUCAAUAAUGUCAACACCAUUGACUCAAACCAAGAAGGAACCACCAAGGACCUCCAAUCAGAACUGACAUCCACGUCCGACGCUGUCGGAGAUUCAUCCGCAAACGGGUCCACUGCUGGGCAAGAGAGUUCUAGUCCUCAGAAACACACGGAGAAAAGGAAACACUGCGAUGACCUGGAGGAAGGGACUUCCUCAUCAGACAGGCACAAACACAAGCCCAAAAAACACAAGCGCUCCAAAGACGCCAGGUUCGAUGGUCACCGGAUCCCACACCUGGUCAAAAAGAGGACGUACAAGAGAGAGAACGACGAGGACCAAAAUGAGAAGAAGGACGAGAAGAAGAGCGAUGAUUACGUUUUGGCCAAACUGUUCAAAAAGUCCGGCAUCCACAGCGUUAUGAAACACGACUCGAUCAUGGAGGCGUCAAACUCCGACUACGUUCUGGUGGAGGCGGAAGCGAACCGAGUGGCCAAAGAUGCUCUCAGGGCUCUCAAACUGUCCAGGCAACACUGCAGGAUCCCCUUCUCCAGAGGAUCCACACGCCCAGAGGAAAGCAGAUCACCCACAGCGCCGUCGGCAGCCAGGAAAAGGUUUGGUCAGAAGAAGAACUCUCUUCUUUCUCAAUCAUCCUCUACCCAGUCACAAGCACCAGAGAAAUGCAAGGAUGCGGCCAUUGUAAAAAAAUCCAAUAUGAAGAAGCCAGGGUCAGCUAGUCACUUCAGCGGGGAAGACGUAGAGGAAAAGCCCGAUGUCGCGUCUCUCUCCUCAUCCUCUCUUCUGGCUAAAAUGAGGGCCAGGAACCACCUUAACCUUCCUCAGAGCCGAGAAGCCGAAGAAGAAGAAGAGGAGGCGAGCGGCGGGCAGGCGACCGUCCCGCUGCCGUCCCCGACCGAACACGACGAGCUCCUGGUGGAGCUGAGGAACUUUGUGGCCUUCCAGGCACAGGUGGACGGACAGGCCAGCACCAAAGAGAUCCUGGAGUACUUCACCCCUAGACUGACCACCUCCCAGACACCAGUCUUUCGAGAACUGCUCAGAAACCUGUGUGACUUCCACAGACUCCCUGGCCAGGAGGGCCUAUGGAAGCUCAAAACUGACUUCAGAUGAAGGCUGAGGACAUUUUGAAAG